AUGGCAAUACGGAAAUCCUUGCUAUGUGCUGUUGGUCUGCUUUGUACAGUCGUACAACUUGGUGAAUCAACGAAAGUGUCCUGUACUGUGAAGACGAGAUCGGGGGUGUAUGUGCCGUGCAAGAAAUAUUGUUGUGGGAAUAGAGAAAACCUACGAUGCAUAGAUAAAGAGUUCUGCGAAGGGAUUACUUGCGAUCACAGUCCGGAGUGUGCUCGUGGAUGCUGUGUUAAAAACAAGUGUGGAAAGUGUUCAGUUAGUCGAGGUUCGGUUUUGUCAAAGACUGAUAUAGCACUCAUUAUUGCUGCUGUUAUAGUUUUCUUUGCUUCUGUCACACUUGCAAUAUGUUGUUGCCGUUGUCGAAGACAGAAGGCAACGAUAGGACGUUGGAAUCAUCUUGCCAACGUUACUGAUAUCGGAGCCUGA